CAGAAGAGGCAGUCAAACAGAGGUUUCCGUCUCGGGACUGCGGGAAACUACCCUGUGAAGGAAAGGAGCUGUAAGUCGCUGUAAGUCGCUGUGACCGGGGAGACAGCCCGAACCGAAGAGGGGAGCGGAGAGCUUUUCUUUCAAGUGGCAGUCCGUUUCUUUUUAAAGAUACCUUUUAUUUGUUCCGGUUGAAGAAACAGGCCUUCGGAGAUGGGCGACAAGGCGGGUACCAGAGUAUUCAAGAAGUCCAGCCCCAACUGCAAGCUAACAGUCUACUUGGGCAAAAGGGACUUUGUGGAUCAUCUAGAUCAUGUGGAUCCAGUUGAUGGAGUGCUUUUGGUUGACCCAGAAUACCUUAAAGACAGAAAAGUGUUUGUGACUCUGACCUGUGCGUUUCGUUAUGGCCGAGAGGAUCUUGACGUGUUGGGAUUGUCCUUCAGAAAGGACCUUUACAUCUCCACCUUCCAGGCUUUUCCUCCACUGCCUGAGGAGCACAAACCACUCAGCCGCCUGCAGGAGCGCCUGCUCAAAAAGCUUGGCCAGCACGCACACCCCUUCAACUUCACUAUUCCUCAGAAUCUUCCCUGCUCAGUCACUUUACAGCCAGGACCAGAGGACACAGGCAAGGCAUGCGGUGUAGACUUUGAGAUCAGAGCUUUCUGUGCCAAAUCUGUGGACGAGAAGAUUCACAAGAGAAACUCUGUGCGGCUGGUGAUCCGUAAGGUGCAGUAUGCUCCAGAGAAGCCAGGACCACAGCCUAUGGUGGAGACCACACGCAGCUUCCUCAUGUCUGACCGCUCCCUCCACCUGGAGGCUUCCCUCGACAAAGAGCUCUACUACCACGGAGAACCCAUCAGCGUCAACGUCCACGUCACCAACAACUCCACCAAAACUGUCAAACGAAUCAAAAUCUCAGUGCGACAGUAUGCUGAUAUCUGUCUGUUCAGUACCGCACAGUACAAAUGCCCUGUGGCUCAGGUAGAAGCCGACGAUCAGGUGUCGUCCAGUUCCACGUUCUGUAAGGUAUACACACUCACCCCGACACUGAGCAACAACCGUGAGAAGAGAGGUCUAGCGCUGGACGGCAAACUCAAGCACGAGGACACCAACCUGGCCUCCAGCACCAUUGUGAAGGAUGCAUCCAAUAAAGAGGUCCUGGGUAUCCUGGUGUCCUACAGAGUCAAAGUUAAACUGGUUGUCUCUCGUGGAGGUGACGUGGCAGUAGAGCUUCCCUUUGUGCUGAUGCACCCUAAGCCCUCUGAGCAGCCCAGCUCAAGACCACAGUCAACUGUACCAGAGACGGAUGCUCCUGUGGACACCAACCUGAUAGAGUUUGAGACGAAUAACUUCUCUCAGGAUGACGACUUUGUGUUUGAGGACUUUGCGCGCCUGAGGCUGAAGGGAAUGAAGGAUGAUAAAGAUGAGGACGACCACUUCUGCUAACCCUGUGUGGAGAGAGGGAGCUAGAUUGAAGGGGCUCUAAGUGUCAGUACUACUACACCACCAUUCCACUGCGCCAACCUGAAAGAGUGGGACUUCUCUCCUCUCUUUUUUUUUUUUUUUUCCAAUUUCUUUCUCUUGCCCCUCACCCUGUUCCUUUGCAUCCGUGAUGCUGUUGUCUUUAGACCUUUUUUUUUGUUGGUUUUCUUGGAGCUACUUUGUUCUUGUGCAUGUGCAUUAGACAGAGAAAAUGAAACCCAGUGAGAAAGGUGAAGAAAGCAGUAAGGUUAAGCAGAACUGGUCAGGAAUGUCAUUGAACAGAGGGUCCAUGAAUUCAGGGGUGUCUUUUUAUCUAGUUUAUAUUUUCCCUUCCUCCCCUUCCCCACUGGAAACUGAGUGGGCAUUACUAGCUUUGCAAUAUUGUAAUAAAAUGGGUAAAAUGUUACUUCAGUGUAGGGUAUAACCAGGGAACAUGAGCUUGAGACUUUUAAUUCUUUAUCAAAUUCAGUAUAGAUCACCAAGAGACAUUUUCUUUCAAUGUUCUAGCAUUUCAUUGUAUAGUUAUGUAAAACGUAUACAUAUCGCAUGAACAUGAAUGACUGUUCAGUGUGCUUAAGAGACCACACAAUAGUCAGCACAAUGCAUUGGACCACAGAAGACUCGAUUUAUUAUAGCCAUUGGUUAUGCCACCUGUGUGUGUGUGUGUGUGUGUGUGUGUGUGUGUGUGUGUGUGUGUGUGUGUGUGUGUGUGUGUGUGUGUGUGUGUGUGUGUGUGUAGAUUGAGUGUUUUGAUUAAACACAGAGAGACAGCAAAAGCUCUGCCUGCAGAGGCCUAUUGCUAUUACAUGCAGCACAGUUAAGAGUUAAGCCCUCAUCUGGAACUGCUGUGUGGUGAAGCUUUUCUAGUUUUAAAUUGCAAAAAUUGAACACCUAGUUGAAUUUGUCGAAUAACUGAGACGUAUUUUUAGGUGUUUGUUAUAAUGUCCAAGAAAUAGGCAACUCAUCUUAUCAGGCUUCACCAUUUCAGCCGUUUUCCCUUUUUCCACAUUUGUUGAGUGCCAAUAUCGUUAUAUAAUGUCCGUCGAGUGAAGAGUGCCAGAUUUAGACUUUUGUUGGUUUUUGUUGUUGGUUUUUUUUAAUUAAAAAAAAAUUCAAAUGUUUUAUAUUUAGCCUACUGAUUAAAAGCACUUUUUUCAUUUGCUGGGGAGUCAGUGUCAGUAAAAAUGAACUAUUACACAGGUAUAAUCACAUCCUGACUCUUCUGCUCCACCUUGUGUCAAAAAGAAAUGCUCUGCUAUGGUUUUGAUUUUGUAAGCACUAAGCAUCAUUCUCCAGCUGCCCUCUCUCUAUUAUUGAUCCACUAUAGUCACCUACAAUCUACUAUUAGCCAUCACCUAUAAUUGAUUGACCUUUUAUAUAUAACCUACAUUUAUUAUUGUCCAUGUUGCACUCUUUUUCUAAAGACGUGACCACUGCUAAUGCAUCUUAUUAACCUAACUCCACAAAUGCUUCAUUUUAAAACUUGCCCAUCAAACUUUUUCUUGUUUGAGGAACUUAGAAACUACUGAGUUUACCACUUAUCAUUGUUAUUAUAUUCACUUUUUAUUUCAAAACUUGUUUUUUUUUAAUGUAAUGCUAACGUCAUUAUUGAACUAACCAGAAAUCCCAUGCUGUAUGCUCCAUUUGCUGCAUAUUGCUUAUAUAUAUAUAUAUAUAUAUAUAUAUAUAUAUAUAUAUAUAUAUAUAUAUAUAUAUAUAUAUAUAUAUAUAUAUAUAUAUAUAUAUAUAUAUAUAUAUAUAUAAAAGAAUAAAAGCAGGUCACAGAGAUCGUGUGUGAACAUAUGUUAAACCCUGUGGGUGAGGGGAAGUUGUGGUUUUGCCUCCAGACCAGUUCACAGUGUUUGAAUUAUUUUCUUCACUCAUUAGUUCAGCCAUCAACAUGACAUUACCAACAAUAUUUAAGUACAUAAUACCUGCUAUUGGGAUAUUUUCACAGUUGGUUUCAUACUUUUAUUUCAUGCAUACACAGCUAGGAACCUACUUUGGGCAACCGUAUUUUUAAAAGAACACCUUUCGGAACUUGUUAUUGUUAAUGGUGCUGUACGGAAUAAAAGGAACAGAAAGAUUGAGACUGAGAGAAGAAAGCUUGUUUACUAGACUCGAGCUAAAAUCUACAGCUAAAGAAUUUCUUUGGAGAUUUCAAGAACAGUUAAUGGAUAUAAGGAAAUAAGCUCCAGGUAACACAAGAGCACACUGUAUGUCACACAAUGUUAUUUAUAAUCACAAUAGGAGUUAAAAUAUGCCAUGAAAAACAAAUGAUUGAUUUAUUUUAUGUAAGGAUGUUUGCAUAUGUGUAAAUUUGUUGAUUGUCUGCUGUCAAAUUUUUAAAGGCUUUUUUUUAUUUUAUUUUUUUUUAAUAAAUCAUUUAUGUUAUGAAAUGGCAGGGAGAAUAUUUUCAUCAGAUGGUCAAAAAAUCUUUGUCCUUAUGUGAGUGCUUUGCUAGAAUGCCAUGCAUGCAUGCAUUCAGAGGCAGCAGUAGGCUUUGAGAACGUUGUGUUUUUUGUGAUAGAACACUCUCUCAGACCAUCUUCAUGGAAAACUUUAGCUUCUUUUUUUUUUUUUUUUUUUUUUUUUAAUCCAAUUGGAGCCUCAUAUGUCUGUGAACCAGUCGAGUGUAUAAAAGAAAUAUUAUAUUGUAUAUCUUCCCUUGGAUUCUGUAGGGUUUAUCUAAGGAAAACGCACGCAGAUGUCAGUUUGUAGACUAAUAUUGUACAAUGUCACACUUUUUUUUUGUAUUUUAAGGUUGAUUUCAAGCUACUUUUACGCCUCACUACUACUAAAAUUGAUAUCCCGAAAGUAUACAUACAUACAUGCUACCUGGUAAUUUAAUUCGCAAUAAAUUAAGAUGAAAUAUAUUAAUAUGAAUUCCAAAAUAUUAUAUAAGCAAUAUGUUAUUUUAGUCAAUAAAAUGAUAUUAAAAAUCACUGAAAAAAAUGCAAAAGUUUUAAAAAAACAACAACAUAAACAUUGGGAAAUAUAUGUCGCUUCUUUAUUUUGUAUGCCGUUUUAGAAAAUUAAAAAAAAAAGAAUGAAAUUCA